AUGAGACACUCAAUAGGGGGAGCUCUGCGCAAUCGCAGCCACCGAUCCUCUUCUGCUUCCGCUUCUGAAGAACCUCGAGACACAGCUGAAGGCGAAGACACCGAAGUUGUCGAGCCAGAACAGGGAAAUGUCCUUUCCCAUAUCAUUUCGCAGCUGCGGCCGGGCGCAGACCUGUCCCGAGUCACGCUGCCUACCUUUAUUCUGGAGCCCAGGUCGAUGUUGGAAAGAAUAACAAACUUCAUGGCUCACCCCGACACGCUCCUGCCCAUGCCUAAGGUCGAAGAUCCGGUGGAAAGAUUUGUGGCAGUGGUCAAGUUCUACUUGAGCGGCUGGCACAUCAGGCCUCCCGGCGUGAAAAAGCCAUUGAACCCGAUACUCGGAGAGACGUUUACUUGUUACUGGGAUUACCCGGACGGCACGCGGGGGUAUUACAUUGCGGAGCAGACUUCUCAUCAUCCCCCGAAAUCCUCUUACUUUUUCAUGGCACCAUACCACCAUAUCAGGGUGGACGGGACUCUGAAACCUCGAAGCAAGUUCCUCGGUAACUCGGCAGCAAGUAUGAUGGAGGGCAUAUCAUAUUUGAGGUUCACGAAUCGAGGGAAGUCGAAGGGCGGGGAGAAAUAUAUUCUGACACAGCCGAAUAUGUACGCUCGAGGUAUUCUCUUCGGCAAGAUGAAGUAUGAGCUGGGCGACCAUUCUUAUGUGCGAUGUCCCGAGAACAAUCUCAGUGCCGACAUUGAAUUUAAGACGAAAGGCUGGAUGGGAGGUACGUACAAUGCGAUUGGAGGAGCCAUCAAAAACGACAAGACCGGUGAGGUUCUAUACGAGUUAUCUGGGCUAUGGUCGGGGGAGAUGUACAUCAAGGACGUGAAGACGGGCCAGAAAAAGACUCUGUUCGAUGCCACGCAUGCGAAACAUUCUCCUCCCCGGACGCGGCCGUUGGAGGAGCAAGGCGAUCGUGAGUCUCAAAAACUGUGGUACAAUACCGUCAAGGCGGUCAAGGCGGCAGACCACGAAAAAGCGACUAUGGAAAAGGCCAAGAUCGAAGAUCAGCAACGAGAGGAGGCCAAGCGAAGAGAAGAGCUGGGCGUGGAGUGGCAACCCCAGCUGUUCCGGAGAGUCGAUGCGAAAAAGGGCGGGUCGGAAGAAGGAGAAGAAGAUUUGGAGUGGAUCAUCCAUGCGCAUCUGGACUCGAAGGAUCCGAAAGAAUUGGAACAAAAGAUCCUGUCAAUCGCUCCGAUUCUGCCUGGUCAAGGGAAGCCCGGUGGGCCGGAGCACAGGCCUCAUCAACAGGCACAUACAAAGGAGGCGGCUCAACCGCCAGCCGAGGCGUCAGUAAAGCAAGGUCAGGCUGGAGCGAACAACCCGCCAAUGGAGAAGACGACACGGCAACAUGCGCCGCAACAAGCACCGCCAAAACAAGCAGCUCCGCCAGAGUCGGAACCUACGAGCAACCUGAUCGACUUUGACUCAAAGCCUGCCCCUAGUAAUCAGCCUGGGUCAUCGCAACCAACACAGCCAAAAGAGUCCGUUGCCGCCCCUGCCGCUCCUGCUGGGCAAGCCGUGCAGCCAACCUCGAAUCAACAGGGUGUUGCUCCAGUGUACGAGGCCAUUACUGUAGAUCCGCCUACCGGACACAGUUCCCAAAGCGCCAACCUCAUGGAUGACGACAAUGAUAUCUCUCACAUGAACAGCCAGAUGUCGAGAUUAAAAAUGCAUGAAGCCAUGGUGCCGGAAGGACAGGCGCCACUGAAACGAGCCGAUACAGAGACGAGUGAAGUUGAUGUCUUUGUGGAUGCUCAGAGCUGA